AUGAAUACCCGUCAAGUCAUCGAUGAGUCCGUUGGGCCCUACUCACUAUCCGCCACUUUCAACCAUGACAGCAGUUGCUUCUCCGUGGGCUUGGAGACAGGUUUCUGCGUGUUCAAUGCAAAUCCUUGUGAGCUCAAAGUCUCCCGCGACUUCAAUGCUGGUAUUGGUGUAGUCGAGAUGCUCGGCCAGUCAAAUUAUCUUGCCAUCGUCGGUGGCGGACGAACCCCCAAGUUCCCCCAGAACAAGCUCAUUAUUUGGGACGAUGCGAAACAAAAAGCCGCCAUUACCCUCGAGUUUCGCACUUCCGUCCUUGGCGUCCGCCUAUCCAAGUCUCGAAUCGUCGUCGCAUUGUUGAACAGUAUCCACGUAUUUGCUUUCUCAACUCCCCCACAGAAGCUAUCUGUAUUUGAAACCUCCGACAACCCACUGGGUUUGGCUUGCCUGGGCCAAAAGGUUCUUGCUUUCCCUGGCCGGUCCCCUGGGCAGGUACAAUUAAUAGAGCUGGAAACAGGAAAUAUCAGCAUUAUACCGGCACACAGCUCUGCAUUAAGGGCAAUGGCUCUAAGCCCAGAUGGAGAGGUGCUGGCGACGGCCAGUGAAACCGGUACUUUGAUUCGAGUAUUUUCAGCAGCAAAUUGUACGAAAUUGGCCGAGCUUCGCCGGGGUGUAGACCACGCAGUGAUAUUCUCUUUAUCUUUUUCACCGUCUAACAUUCUCCUUGCUGUAACAUCCGACAAAUCUACCCUACACGUUUUCGAUGUACCCCAUCCAACUCACGUUGGACGUCCUAGCCAGUCUCCAGCAUCUGCAACAGAGGAGGGCUCAAAUCAGAAGUGGGGAAUCUUAAGCAAAUUGCCCCUCAUGCCACGAGUGUUCUCGGACGUGUACUCGUUCUCCAGUGCGCAUUUCGAGAUGGGCGAUGAAGCAAUUCCAGGAUCCCCAUCCGCGCCAGGACUAGGUUCAUCUUUGGGCCGACCACCUAAAGGCGUCAUAGGCUGGCAGGAUGACCAGACCAUUUUGGUGAUUGGCUCGGGUAGAGAAGGCCGUUGGGAGAAGUUCAUUCUUCGAGAUGGUGAAGAUGGAAGGCGAUAUUGUAUCAGAGAUGGGUGGAAAAGAUAUCUUGGCGGGUGA